AUGUGCUCAUCUGGACUACACAGUGAAAGUGUCGAGCAACUUCUUUCUGGUGAUACAUCUCACGGAUCAUCUUGGCUUAUUGGUAGGCGUGUAUUACCUAAGAAAUCAAUGCAGCCAGUGAAGUCGGCGGAAGACAUUUCCAAUGAGUCCUCGAAGAAGUCUGUUCAAAAAGAAACGGAAAAGAGCCAAGUUCGUGACCUGAAUACGGACCACGAACGGUGCCAAAAGGCAUCGUGCUCACAGCUGCCCCUCGUGUGGGAAACACGGGUCCGAACAAGUCAUUGUGCGGCUCGUGUUGGUCGCACGAUGAAAGCACGGGCCAGCCACAAAGGUUGUAGCGUUAUACCUGUUCUCGGGGACCGAUCGUCCGAGGAUUGCUGCGGGAAACACAACCGUCGCCCGACUCCUGCACUGGUACCACCAGCGAAGGGGGCUGAGGCUCUAGCCUUUCUGUCAAUUGGCGAGAUGUACGGCCUGAGGGCUGACGAGGACUAUAGAGGCCUUCAUCUGGGGGACGUGAUUCCUUCGAGCCUGCGCCCACACGAGCACUCGCUCAAUUUUCCGGGUCGUCCCCUGCACAAGACUGCCGGGAGCUUGCAGGAUGUCCGCAAGUUCUACGACCGUCUUUUCGAGGCCGUAAAGGCCUUGGUCGACCAAACUGGCCUUGGUACCUUCUUUAGCCAUCUACGGGUGGCCGCCCCCCGCUCUUCUCCUGAGGUCACUGCUGCACUGGUGGACCGGUGGUCCGAUACCACUCAUACCUUCCACAUGGCUACCGGGGAGUUCACCAUUACUCCCGUCGACUUUGCUGCACUCACCAGACUCUCGUUCACGGGCACGGUGAUCCACUUCAAUUGCGUGUUCGAGUUGUCUGGUCGAGAUCGAGAUAUGGUCAGAGAGUUGGUUGGGGUUGUGAGAGCUGACGGUUCGCUCCCGGCGAACCACUUGCGAGAUUACUGGCUAGGGAGAGUUAGAGAGGUGCUUGAGGACGCUGAUGUGCGGAGAUUUGCUAGAGCUUUUUUGUUAUUCGCCUUGACGAAGGUGUUGUUCCCUAGGGUGAACAGCGAGGUGUUUUGGGCUCUUCUUCCUAGCCUGGUUGAUUUAGCUGUUGUUUCCACUUUGGACUGGGCCAGAGCAGGGCUGGCUCAGAUGUACUACGCCCUGGACUUGUGCGCUCAUGAGCAGCGCAAGGAUCUGCUAUGCUCCCCUGUUCUUCUUCAGGCGUGGACCUAUGAGCAUGGCUUCCUUCCUCCUCCAGUGAGGAAGGAUGCUGCCAGCUACCCAGGGUUCCCCAGGAUCACUUCCUGGAUGGUAUCCUGGACGGAUGUAGAGACCAGCCUGGAGGCUGCCAGACGACGCUUGCUUGAGUUCACACAGACCCAGGUAUCCGUCUUCACUUCAGAUUUCUCUCUCCUUUGUGACAAAGGAUUUACUGACUCGCGCUUGUAUCAGGACUUUUCUUCACCUUGGGGACCUACUGUUGAGUGGUCAGAGGCCAUGACUGCUUCAGCUCGAUUAGUAGGAUGCCGCUUUCUGAUGGAGUCCCCUAUGGCUUUAGUGUGGUAUUUCGUGGAGCGAGUCAUAGAUUGCUACGACAUCCCUGUUAUCCGGCUCAUUCCUCCUCACCUGCCCACUUGUCUGUUCUGGACUUCUUCUAUACCAGCUGAGGAGCACCCGGACAUCACCGGGGAUGGGCGGUGGGCCGAGCGAGGCGGUGUCCCCAGCCCGAGUUCUACUUCCGAGGACGAGGUCGAUGAGUAG